ACAUCAGUCUCCUUGAAAAUCCAAAGAAAACCGUCAACGAGCAAGUCAUGCCAAUGGCAAUCCUCUUCAGGCAAAUUCCCCUCUUCACUGUCCUCCCCCUCUCCCUUCUCUCCCUCUUCCUACUCUUCCGCCUACUCGCCAACCACCAACCCCACCGUUUUUCCCAGCUACCAAAACCCUUUCCUCCACCGCCUAAAGUAGCCUACUUCAUUUCCGGCACUAACAAUGAUGGCCCAAGAAUCUUCAGGCUUCUUCAAGCCACAUAUCACCCAAGAAACUACUAUCUGUUGCACCUUGACCGGCGUGCAUCGGAUAAGCAGAGGGAUCAGCUUGCUAGAAUUGUGGGUUCUGUUGAAAUCUUCGUUGCAGCUGGGAAUGUGAAUGUUAUGAAGAAGUCAAACCCGGUAAACGAAGAGGGCUCCUCUCCUCUUGCUUUGAUUCUUCAUGGUGCGGCUAUUUUGUCGAGGUGGAAAAAAGACUGGGAUUGGUUUGUUAACCUUGCUGCUUCCGAUUAUCCUCUCAUUCCUCAGGAUGAUUUUCUCCACAUCUUGUCAUAUUUACCAAGAGAGUUGAAUUUCAUAGAACAUGAGACUAACAUCACCAUGCAGGAAUAUCAAAGGAUUACCGACGUGAUUGUUGAUCCACGCCUUUAUCUUCAAUCAGCAGGAAGAAUGUUCAUGGGCAGUGAAAAGCGUACGGUACCAAAUGCCUUCAGGUUUUUAACAGGUUCUCCACACGUGAUUCUCAAUCACAAACUCAUUCAGUUUGCUCUCCUAGGAUGGGAAAAUUUUCCAAGGAUACUCCUAUUAUACUUCUCAAACACUAGACUUUCUCAUAAAGCCUAUUUCCAGACCCUUGCUUGCAAUUCAGAGUUCUCUCGCACUGUAAUCAACUCAAAUUUGCGAUACACUGACUGCAACUCCCCUUGUUCCGAAAGCCAUCAUAGCAGAAGGCCUAUGGAUUUUGGGAGUAUGCUCGCAAGCGGAGCAGCUUUUGCUGGAAAUUUUUCAGUAAAUGAUCCAAUUAUGGAUGUUAUUGACUCAGUUGUGCUCAAUCGUGGUAAAGGAAUGCCUGCACCAGGUGCAUGGUGCUUGGGAAGGUCAUGGAGUGGCAGGGUUUCUUGCUCGGAAUGGGGUGAUGUUGAUAUAUUGAGGCCUGGUCCAGCUGCAAGAAGGUUUAAGCAGCUGCUUCUUAAAUUAAUGAAGAGCAAAUCAUUCAGGUCCGACUUUACUUGACCAGUGAUGCUUGGCAACUACUGCUUCAAAAGCUUUAGGACUCAAUCUGCAAACUUACAAAAAGCUGUAGUUUGUCCUGUACAAAACAAAAGUGGAGGCAUUCCAUUAAUUUGUGGAUAAUAGGUCAAUUGAGGUGUAGGUUUUCGCUUUUAGCUCUAUCUUCUUGUCAGCUAUAUAAAAUUAGUGUCUCGAAUCAUUAGCAGCCAUUUAUUUAUUUCCCAGAAAUCAGCUGGUGUUCUCAAUGGCUGCUGUUCCCAGAAGUUAGCCCCAUGGUAACUCUUCUAGAAAAACUUUUUGCGCUACACGAUCAUGCAUGUAUCUCUGCAUUCUUCA